AUGGUUGACGCUAAUGGUCGUGCUGGAGGAAUAUGGUGUUUUUGGGACUCGGCAAGAUGGAAGCUAGAGAUGUUACAAUUUUCUACUCAGUUUGUUCAUUUUGCUGUUUCACGUGGAUCUUUAGCUUGGGAGUUAACUAUAAUUUAUGCCAACCCACACCCUCAUUUUCGUAUAGGUCUCAAGAGGGAACUUAGAAGAAUAGCUGAGAACAUUCAAAAUCCUUGGUGCAUUCUAGGUGAUUUCAAUGCUGUCCUAAAGGAGUCUGAAUGCAAAGGAGGUUCAUCAUCGGCGUGCCUCCGUGGUGAUAACGCUUUUAGAGAUUUUGUGCUUGAAUGCCACCUGUUAGAUAUGUGCUACCAGGGAGAACCCUUCACUGGGAAAAGAGGUUCCUUAUUUGAGAGAUUGGACUGUGUUCUGGUUAGCUUGGAGUGGAAAAUGGCUAAUCCAAAUUCAAAUGUCUUUCAUCUAAACCCCUUUAAGUCGGACCAUUGCCCUUCCUGCUGA